CAUCCCAUUGGUGGUGUAGGGUGCCAAAGCCGGAGGGUCCUUAUCGGUGGGGCUCAGUGAUUGGUUGUUCGGGUCUGUGUGUGCGUGCAGUGCAGCCUUUCCGUUUGAAUGUGCUGUGGACUGGAGGGGAUCAUUUCCAUGGACCAUCUGUCUCACUGGCUACCCACACAACAAAGAAGGACCCAGGAUGGUGUUAGUACAUGUUGGAUAUCUGGUUCUCCCCGUCUUCGGCUCAGUUAGAAAUAGAGUAUCGAGGCUGGCUCUACAUUCCGCAUUUCUCAGACCUUUGUCCCCCUCCAUUGUGUAGCUAACGAUCAUCUGCUGCUGUCUGCCGUAGCCUCUGCCUGUUCUCUGCAUCUAGCUGUAUUGUGAACCCCUUCUUCCUCAUUUCCUCUUUCCAUCUGAAGACGACAUUGGCAUUAAAACCGAGUUCUCACUCAUAUUGUAUCCUUCUGUGUAACAGACUAAAGAAUAACACCUUCUGUAGAAAACAGUUUGUCUUUAUUUAAACUGUCAUGUUGCUCUUCAGUGAAUAACCCAUUGUAGCAUUAGACUUUACUACAAACUGUCAUUGUGAUUCUCCCAUUCAGUGUGGAUAGACUACAUUUUGCUGUAAAUUUCUGUAAAGUGGAUACAUUUUGAUCCUCCCCGAUUCGAUUACAGCCAGGCUUGAUCGAACUCUUCCAAUUUUGUCUCCAUCCCCAAUUUGCAAAGGUGCAUUGUACCAGCUUUUGUAAUCAUUAAAGCACUUCUAUGAUCACCUUCUCCUAAAUAAUUUUGACCAAUAAUCCUUAGUUUUCCUAACAUUCACCAAUAAGCAAAUACCUGUAGUGCUAAAACCACAGUGAUUUGUGUGAUGCCAUUUUCACCUUUGAUGGUCCACUGCACCUGUCCUAACGGCUGGUCAUAAUCCUAUCCAUGUGUGAACGCCUUUGUUCCUGCUAGAUGAAUUGAUUUAGUCAGUCACGGUAAAUUGGCAAGACUCGGCUCUAACUCAUCUUGCCAUUUGAGAAUCCCUGCUAUCAUGCACAGCCCCCCCCCUUAAGUCUUUCCUCAGACACCUCCAGAAUGCUAUCCAUUUUACAGGGAUGUUUAUAUCCUGCACUGCUGUAGAACUCCUUUUAGAAUGAAAAUGUCUUUUAUUCUUUGGUUGUGGUUUUCUACCUUAUGUUCUUGUAUUAGAUCCUAAUGCAUGGUCAUUUUACACUUUUGUUUUUUCCACAUUGAACAGCAGAUUCCAAUGUAAACUUUGUGUAGAGAUGUCCCUGCUAUACUGAAAUGUGCUGUAAGCAUACACAUCUACUCAUUGGAUGCUGCUUCUGUUCUGUUAACCCUACAGAGAGCAUGGUCGGGCCUUGCCUUUUGGUCUUUAUUUGCAUGGUAUUAUGAUUAUAUAUGGUAUACUAUUAUUAUUACUAUUAUCACACAGUGCCGCACAUACUAAUAUUUUCCAAUAAAGACUGUAGUUUUCUUUCUAACCUUCAGUGUGCUUUUUGCUGAUUUCCAUGUGUUCCUCCCCUCCUCCCUUCACACUGUGCUGUCAUUGAGACAGUCCCCUCACUCUCUAUGUGCUCUCAUUUCUCAGCUGUCUUUGACAGAGUUUAUUCAAGUUGCUGCUCUGCUUACUUUGGACCUCCUCUCAUCCACUCAUUGGUGUUCAUUGACGAGCUAACAUCGUAACAACUUUGGGACAUAUGGAUCAAAUCUUCUGUUUGGGAGCACACUUCACCAGGCAUCAACACAGCCAUGCUACCUCCUGCCGACACUUUCACCUGGGUGCUCCCCAGGUGCCCAUCUCAGCAGAGUUCCCUCUAGGACACGCCAGCCAGCCACCUCAGACAGGCCUGGCCACCCACCUGUCCCCGGCACACCACCCACCCCUCACUGCCCUGCCUGCACCCCCUCAGUUCCAGGAUGUGCCGGGGCCUCCAUUCCUACCUCAGGCCUUACACCAGCAAUACCUCAUCCAGCAGCAGCUUCUUGAAGCGCAGCACCGCAGGAUUCUCCCACACUCAAGAAGAACCCAGGAGCGUGUUCCCCUGAACCCUCACAGACUGCGCUCAGGCUAUGAGUACUCCCCUGCCCUCCAUGUUCCCCAGCCAAUGACACAGCAGCAGCAGCAGCGGUACCUGGCCGAAGGCACAGACUGGGAUCUCAGUGUUGAUGCCGGCCUCCCUCACCACCAGUACCAGCUCCAGCAGCUUCCGCAGCACUAUCAGCAUUACCUGGCCUCCCCUCGAAUGCACCACUUCCCCAGGAACACGUCCUCUGCACAAGUGGUUGUGCAUGAAAUCAGAAACUACCCCUACCCCCAGCUACACCUGUUGGCACUGCAAAGUCUGAAUCCUUCGAGGCACGCCACCGCUGUGCGAGAAAGUUAUGAGGAGCUGUUGCAGUUGGAGGACCGGCUGGGGAGUGUCAGCAGAGGAGCUAUUCAGACAACCAUAGAGAGAUUCACCUUCCCACACAAAUACAAGAAGAGAAAGCCCCUGCAGCUGAAGAUUGGGGAGGAGGAAGAAACAGAUGUGGAUGAAAAGUGUACCAUCUGUUUGUCCAUGCUUGAGGACGGAGAGGACGUCAGGAGAUUGCCCUGCAUGCACCUCUUCCACCAGGGCUGUGUAGACCAAUGGCUGGCCACCAGCAGGAAGUGUCCGAUCUGUCGAGUUGACAUCGAAACACAGCUGAACCCUGACAGCUGAUGAGAUUUAAAACCCCCUUCCUUGUCAGUCACCCUCGUCUGAUGUGGUUUCUGCUUUCUUCAACCCCGGCUUGCCGG